CCGGAGCGCGGAGGGGACGGGAGGCGAGGAGAGGAGCGGCGGGAGGGGGGGGGUGCCCACCCCUUCCCAGCCCACCGCAUCCCAUCACCCCACCCACCCCCCACCCAUCCCGCGUCCUCCCCGGCGGCGAUGUCCAACGUGCACCUCUCCGCUGCCGCCGCCGCCCUGGAGCGCCUCUCCGCCCGGCGAGCCCUGGCCGGGCACGGCCGCAGCCCCGUCUGCAGGAGCCUCUUCGGGCCGGUGGACCAUGAGGAGCUGGGCCGGGAGCUACGGAACCGCCUGCGGGAGAUGGGGGAGGACGACCAGCGCCGCUGGGACUACAACUUCCACACCGACACGCCGCUGCCGGGGCCCGGCCGCCUGCGCUGGGAGGAGGUGGAGGGCGGCGCCGUCCCCGCUUUCUAUCGGGAGACGCUGCAGGUGGGGCGGCGCCGCGUCCCCCUCCGCCGGGCGCCCCCCUCCCCGCCGCCGCCGCCCCCCGCCGCUGCCGGCAAGGGGCCCGGGGGGCGCCUGAGCCGGGAGAACCGCGCCGCGCCCCGCCGCCGCGGCAUGCGGCUCCGCCGGAGAGGCCCGACGGCCCGCAUCACAGAUUUCUUUGCGAGGAGGAAAAGGCCGGCGGAGCCCAAGGCGGCGGCGGAGCGCCCGGCCGGCUGCCCGCCGCCCCCCGCCGCCAUGCCGGCUGAGCAGACCCCCCGCAAGCGGCUCCGGUGAGCCAGACUUUUGCACUACGGCACCCACGGGAGAGGCGCCCCGCCGCCGGAGGCAAGGCGCCUGGGAGGUGCGGGGGGCCGGGGCGGGCGGCGCGGAGAGCCGGGGCCCCCCCGCGCCCACCGGGACUGGGACCGGGAGCCGGAGCGCCUGCCCGCCGGCCGCGGCCGCGCACGGAGCAGUGUUAACGUACAACUGUGCAAUGUAUUACGUUUUAUAUAGAAAUGUAUUAUGCCUGAUGUGAGUACACUGGCCAGAAGUGUAAAGCUUUAAAAGUCAUUUAUAUGAAAUGUUUAAUCUCUGCUGAUCUCAGUGCAAAAAAAAAAAAAAAAAGAAAAACGGAAAAAGCAAGUGUAUAUUUGUACAAAACUUUUUUUAAGAGUUAUACUAACUUAUAUUUUCUAUUUAUGUCAGAAAUGUGGAUAACUUCGACAUCCAAUAGUCUUUUUUUCUUUUGGUUAAGCCAAAGGGCACUAUAUUUGCUUUUGUUAUUUACAAAAUGUAAAUUUAUUUUUAUAGUGGGAAUUUUUGUUUUUGCAUUCACAGGAUGUAGCUAUGAAUCGAACUAUUUUUUAGACUUUACUUGAAAACAAAUCUGUUUCAAUGGUUCCUGAGCCGGUCUGUACCACUGCCAUUGCAAAUAAUGCCACAACUUCAGUAAUAAUAAAUAAAAAAGACUGACAAAUCCAGGAAA